CUGGCCGCUGGACCAUCUCGCAUCGCAUCCACGGCAAGCCGCCUUGAGCGACCGAUUCCACCCCAGCUGCGUCACCCGUCUCCCGGGACGCAUUACUUUGCGACACCCGACCCUGCCGGUACCUAGUAUCGCAACAUCUACACUGACCUAGUCCAACGCCAAAGGACAUCUACAGACAUCACAAUACAACAAGCCAACCAUGUCUUCCCAAACUUCAACGGGCAUGGCGACCCCCGUCACCUAUCCUCCUCCCGAGCAAGCCUCGACUGGCAACACCAUGGUGCCUUAUACCUUCCCCCAGGCCAAGCUGAAGCUCCAACAAACGCAGCCUGGGAGGACACCUUUGGUUCUCGUGGCUUGCGGCUCUUUCUCCCCCAUCACAUUCCUCCACCUUCGCAUGUUCGAAAUGGCCUCCGACUUUGUCCGAUUCAAUACCAACUUCGAAGUCUGCGGCGGCUACCUCUCCCCCGUCAGCGACGCCUACAAGAAGGCUGGCCUAGCUCCCGGUCAUCACCGUGUUGAGAUGUGCUCCCGCGCCGUCGAACAUUCUUCCUGGCUAAUGGUCGACCCCUUCGAGACGGUCAACUGCGACGAAAACGGCGAGCCCGCUUACGUUCCCACGGCGCGGGUGCUUCGACACUUCGACCACGAGAUCAACACCGUACUGGGUGGCAUUGAGGGCACCGAUGGUGUGCGGAGGAAGGCAAAGAUUGCGCUUCUUGCUGGCGCAGAUUUGGUCAUGUCAAUGGGAGAGCCCGGGCUUUGGUCGCCGGUUGACUUGGGAGUCAUUCUCGGGGAGUACGGCGCUUUCAUCAUUGAGCGCUCGGGAACCGAUAUCGACGAGGCGCUUGCUACGCUGAGGCAGUACGAAGACAACAUUUGGGUUAUCAGCCAAGUGAUACAGAAUGACAUCAGCUCCACCAAAGUCCGUCUCUUCUUGAAGAAGGAUCUGAGCGUGCGAUAUCUUAUCCCUGAUCCUGUUGUCGAGUACAUUGAAGAGCACGGCUUGUUUCAAGAUGAACAGUCUAGCAAGAAGAAGAACAAUGACACCUCAUCAACAGGAGGAAAGGACAAGGAGAAGGAGAAGCCAACGACCGCCGAUGGGACAAGUACCCCUUCAAGCUCGACCGAGGAAACGACACAACAGAGCUAGAAGCUCAAGAGCUGGUCUUCUACACACCGAUAUGAAAGGCUUCCCUGCGCUUAAAGUCGCACCUUCAGUCAGCGUGGCAGCUUCAGGCACCUGAGUUCACGGAGGAUGAACUACUCUUUUUUUUUUUUUUUU